AUGCAGAAUUCAGUGCGUGGAUCCGAGUCACCAGCUUCUGUGGCUUUGCGUCCAUCGGGACCUGGGGCCCAGCCCGUGCCCGCCUCGCCGCAGCGAGUGUUAGUCCAGGCAGCGGGCUCUGCUCCCAAAGGGACCCAGAUGCAGCUGAUUUCCCUUCCCAGAGUGCAGCAGAUGCCGCAGCAGGUACAGCCCGUCCAGCACAUCUGCCCAGCUCAGGUGCAGUAUGUGGAGGGGGGAGACACCGUCUACACGAAUGGAGCCAUACGGACGUCCUAUGCCUACAACCAUGAGCCCCCGAUGUACGCCCCUAGCAGUGCUGCAUCAUACUUCGAGGCCCCGGGCAGCACCCAGGUGACUGUUGCAGCUUCAUCCCCACCAGUGGUCCCCUCCCACAACAUGGUGGGCAUCGCCAUGGACGUUGUGGGGACCCCCAUCGUCUCCAGUGCAGGCGCCUAUCUCAUCCAUGGGGGGAUGGACAGCACGAGGCACUCCUUGGCCCACAAGUCCCGGUCCCGUCCUGCUAGCCUCAGAUAGGCCAUAAAUAUGCUGCAAGGGUCUGAGGGGGUUUUGACAAAUGCAAACAUGUCUCUCCCUGUCCAGCUCCAGUGGCUAUUGGAUAAUUAUGAAACUGCCGAAGGCGUGAGUCUCCCCAGAAGUUCUCUCUACAACCACUAUCUUCGACAUUGUCAGGAGCACAAGCUAUUCCCUAUGAACGCUGCCUCCUUUGGGAAACUGAUUCGUUCCGUGUUCAUGGGCCUGAGGACGCGGCGCCUGGGAACCAGGGGCAACUCCAAGUGUCAUUACUAUGGGAUUCGCCUGAAGCCAGACUCCCCAUUGAACCGGCUGCAGGAGGACAUGCAGUAUGUGGCCAUGCAGCAGCAGCCCGUGCACCAGAAGCCCAGGUACCGGCUAGCCCCGAAGACGGACAGUCUCGGGGACAGCAGCUCCAACAGCAGCCUACACAGCACGCCCUAGCAGGCCAUGGCCACCCAGAGGCAGCACCACCAGCAGUGCAGAGGUGAGAGCACCCGCCCCAGCGUCACCCUGCCCCAGUGUCACUCCGUCCACCCUAGGGGGCAGAGCCUGCUGUACAACCUUGAGGUUCAUUCACCUCCUCUGCAGGCUCCUGGGUUGCAACAUCAGCAGCAUCUGAAGGGAUGUAACUUAAACGGUUUUCUUAACUAA